CGACACCACCCGAAUUCCCAUCCAUGGGCCACGGUCGGAGAACAGGGAUUCAGCGCGCUCACUCGACAUCUGCGGUGCCUGGAAACGAGGUUGAGAUACCGAUGGUUUCGAAAGCGCCUCGAUCUGCUCUCGACAUCGACAUCCGCUCGAUCUCGUCGCAUGCGCAAGCCGAAGCGCUCGUACAGCGCGCGCAGCAGAGCAUCCUCGAUAUGCAAGACCUAGAGAUGGACAGGCAAGGGUCGAGCGACAGCAAUGCAUUUGGUCGGACACCGCUAAGUGCAAAGCUAGCCGCCUACGGGGAGAGCCUUGCGAUCGAGCGGAAGUUCAAGCAGGAAGAACAGCGGCGGAAUAGCUCGUCGACCACGCGGCAGUCCAGUCGGCGCACUACACCCAAGGGCUCACUAGACGAAACCGUAGGUCGCAAUCCGAGUGCAAGCGCGCGAGCAUUGGAUAGGAAGUAUAGCUUGGAAGAGAGGCCGUAUCGCAACCGCACGGUGAGGCAGUCGAAGGCGCAUAGACCCAAUACCAGUAGUUCUUCUUCGUCGGACAUGUUUCAAUCACCGCGACAGGACGACGGCUCCUCGUCCAUCAGUCUCCAUCACCAUAGUGCGGCACCAUCGCAGGUGAUCGUGACAUCUGCCUCCGCGGAUGCAGAAUUUCAGCACGAGCACCUGGAAAUGUCGUUGACGCCGCCCCGCAACGCGCAUCUGAAGGUCGGUUCGGAGACGUACGCGACAAAGCCGAGGCUACACCGAUCGCGCACACCUGAUCCCGAGUCGGACGCCAUGUUAUCCGGCAGCCCUUCCUUUGGCGUCCCGCUCUCGAGAGUUUCUACAGCACCCGCGCAGGAGUCGUACAUCAAACGAAACCGAACCCUCGACCAGGAGCGGCAGGCUGCGCGGGCGACCAAACUUGUGAAGAUGGGCUUCGCAGCGUCGCCCGAGCCAUGGGCCAACAACACGCUACCCCCGUCGCGCAGUCAGCCAGGCGGGAAGCAUCGCUUCGGUGGGUUCAAGGGGUUCGUGCAGAGCUUGCAGCUCAAGGGGAAGACGUGAGGAGUCGAACACAGGCACAGAGAUGCCACAUCUUGGUUUGGUUUGUAUAUGUGGCCGUGGAUUGUGACUACCACUGUCACGCAAGUUGAGUGGGCAUAUCUGUUAUCGUUCAUUAUUUUGCAUCGCUUGUUUUUCGUUCUCUCUCCUUGUUGUUGUCCGACUACCACGAGUGUAUGUACGACGAUCGUCCGGCGCAUUGUAUGACUACCCACAUUUGCUGUCUGUAUGUUUCCAUUAUCGAGAUUAUUUGCACACAUUU